GGUGGAACUGUCCAGAGUGCUGGCAAAUCCCGGGAACAGCCAAGUGGCUCGAGUGGCAGCGGGGCUGCAGAUCAAGAAUUCCCUGACUUCCAAGGAUCCCGACAUCAAGGCCCAGUACCAGCAGAGAUGGUUGGCCAUCGACGCCAACGCCCGCAGGGAGGUCAAGAACUACGUGCUCCAGACCCUGGGAACGGAGACGUACCGGCCCAGCUCCGCUUCCCAGUGCGUGGCCGGAAUCGCCUGCGCCGAAAUCCCCAUGAACCAGUGGCCAGAGCUCAUCCCCCAACUGGUGGCCAACGUCACCAACCAGCACAGCACGGAGCACAUGAAAGAGUCCACGCUGGAGGCCAUCGGCUACAUCUGCCAGGACAUCGAUCCAGAGCAGCUCCAGGACAAAUCCAACGAGAUCCUGACAGCCAUCAUCCAGGGGAUGAGGAAGGAAGAGCCCAGCAACAACGUGAAGCUGGCGGCCACAAACGCACUCCUGAACUCUUUGGAAUUCACCAAAGCAAACUUUGACAAAGAGUCUGAAAGGCACUUUAUUAUGCAAGUAGUCUGUGAAGCAACACAGUGUCCAGACACAAGGGUACGAGUGGCUGCCUUACAGAACCUGGUGAAGAUAAUGUCCCUUUAUUAUCAGUAUAUGGAGACUUACAUGGGGCCUGCUCUCUUUGCUGCAGCAGAACAAGGGAGGCCUCCAGAGCACACCAGCAAGUUCUAUGCCAAGGGGGCACUGCAGUAUUUGGUCCCAAUCCUCACACAGACCUUGACCAAGCAGGACGAGAACGACGACGACGACGACUGGAACCCCUGCAAGGCUGCUGGGGUGUGCCUGAUGCUGCUGGCCACGUGCUGCGAGGACGACAUCGUCCCCCACGUGCUGCCCUUCAUCAAGGAGCACAUCAAGAACCCCGACUGGAGGUACCGGGACGCGGCCGUGAUGGCCUUUGGAUGCAUCCUGGAAGGGCCCGAGCCCAACCAGCUCAAACCUUUAGUAAUACAGGCCAUGCCCACAUUGAUAGAGCUGAUGAAGGACCCCAGUGUGGUGGUGAGGGACACGACGGCCUGGACGGUGGGGAGGAUCUGUGAGAUGCUGCCCGAGGCCGCCAUCAACGACAUCUACCUGGCCCCGCUGCUGCAGUGCCUCAUGGAGGGGCUCAGUGCCGAGCCCAGGGUGGCCACCAACGUCUGCUGGGCCUUCUCCAGCCUUGCUGAAGCUGCCUAUGAAGCUGCAGAUGUGGCUGAUGAUCAGGAAGAACCAGCAACCUACUGCUUGUCCUCCUCCUUCGAGCUCAUCGUGCAGAAACUUCUGGAGACUGCAGACAGGCCUGAUGGACACCAGAAUAACUUGAGGAGUUCUGCCUAUGAAUCCCUGAUGGAAAUAGUGAAAAACAGUGCCAAGGACUGUUACCCUGCUGUCCAAAAAACAACCCUGGUCAUCAUGGAGCGGCUCCAGCAAGUGCUGCAGAUGGAGUCUCACAUCCAGAGCACCUCGGACAGAAUCCAGUUCAACGACCUCCAGUCCCUCCUGUGUGCGACUCUCCAGAACGUGCUGAGGAAGGUGCAGCACCAGGAUGCCCUGCAGAUCUCAGACGUGGUCAUGGCCUCGCUGCUGAGGAUGUUCCAGAGCACGGCGGGCUCAGGGGGAGUGCAGGAGGACGCCCUGAUGGCCGUCAGCACCCUGGUGGAAGUCUUAGGUGGAGAGUUCCUGAAGUACAUGGAUGCCUUCAAACCCUUCCUUGGCAUUGGACUGAAGAACUAUGCCGAGUACCAGGUCUGCCUGUCUGCAGUGGGCCUGGUUGGGGACUUGUGCAGAGCCCUGCAGUCCAACAUCCUGCCUUUCUGUGACGAGGUUAUGCAGCUGCUCCUGGAGAACUUGGGGAAUGAAAAUGUCCAUAGGUCUGUGAAGCCCCAGAUCCUCUCAGUGUUUGGGGACAUCGCCCUGGCCAUUGGGGGGGAGUUCAAGAAGUACCUGGACGUGGUGCUGAACACCCUCCAACAGGCAUCCCAGGCACAGGUGGACAAGUCUGACUAUGACAUGGUGGAUUACCUGAACGAGCUGAGGGAGGGCUGCCUGGAAGCCUACACUGGGAUCAUCCAGGGAUUGAAGGGAGACCAGGAGAACGUGCACCCUGAUGUGAUGCUGGUGCAGCCCAGAGUAGAAUUUAUCCUGUCCUACAUCGACCACAUCGCUGGGGAUGAGGAUCACACGGACGGGGUGGUGGCCUGUGCUGCCGGGCUCAUAGGGGAUUUGUGUACAGCAUUUGGGAAAGAUGUUCUGAAAUUAGUAGAAGCCAGACCCAUGAUCCAUGAACUGCUAACGGAAGGGAGGAGAUCCAAGACGAACAAAACGAAAACUCUCGCGACCUGGGCGACUAAAGAGCUGAGAAAACUGAAGAAUCAAGCUUGAUCUGUUACCAUUGGGAUGACACCUGAGAACCCCCACUGGAAAAAUCUCCAAUCUUUUGAAAAAAACCCGGAAGUGAGGAGUGUGCACGGAUGCUGAAUGUUUGGGAAUGAGAGAGGAUGAGUGUGAGUGAGGCUUGAAGAAAAAACAAAACACAAAAAAAACCCAACAACAACAACAACACACCACAUUGAAAAUCCCGGGAGAGCAGCCACGGGAGCAGCGCUGAGCCGGCAUCGGGAAUUCGGGAAUUCUGUCCAAGCAACACGAGGGAGGCUCUUCUCCCAACAGCCCAGGACUGGCUUCUCCACGAGGAACGGCCAGUUGGGAGAGGAGAGAGAGAGAGGAAAAAAAACUGGGAUCAACUGUGGUGCUCUGCGAGGUCUUGGCUGCUGGAGAGAGGUGGAGCUUUGGAUUCUCCAGCGCGGGAUGAGGAAAAAGGGGGAGGGUGAAGGAUUUUUCAGUCGAGGAGUGAGUGUGUGUGAGUGAGGAGGUAUCCACAUUCUCAACUUCAAGUCAUUGCAGUUUAUCUUUUCCCAGAAAACA